AUGGCAGCAGUGGCAGUACUGCGGAAUGAAACACUCCAGGCUUUUCUUCAGGAUCGCACUCCAAACUCUUCUCCAGAGAACUGUAAGCACUCUCCGCUGGCUCUCCUGGCUGCCACUUGUAACCGGAUCGGGCAUCACCACGGAUCAAACCCCACAGAUUUUCUCCAGGUCCCCUACGACCCAACUCUUGGCUCCCCUUCGCGUUUAUUUCACCCGUGGACUAACGAGGGAAACCCUCAGAGCAGCCUGGCUAGCAAUUCUACUUUCGGACUAUCCUCCAAGCCCCAGCUGUCUGCGCACAUCCAGAGCUCCUUCAGCUCGCACCACGAACUACCCCUCACCCCUCCGGCGGACCCCUCGUACCCAUAUGACUUCUCCCCGGUGAAGAUGUUACCUUGCUCCAUGCAGUCCCUGCAGUCCACCUGCCCUCCCACCUACGUCCCCGCUGUCAGUUACGCAGCCCCAACUCCUAUUCCGCCCGCUAUGCCAAGUUUUGUCACGGGACCCUCCGGCCUUGUGCACCAGCAGCAGAGACAGUUGUCCCCAAACCCUGGAGAGGAUAUUCCGUGGUGGAGCCUCCAGCAGGGGAACCAUGUAAGCCACUCUUCCUCCCUCGGUCCCCAUCGCUUCCAGCUGCAGAGGGGCUUGGUUCUGGGACAUACGGACUUUGCGCAGUACCAGACUCAAAUCGCCGCUCUGCUGCACACAAAGUCCCCUCUCGCAACUGCGCGGCGGUGCAGGAGGUGCAGGUGUCCGAACUGCCAGUCCUCCACGUCCAGCGACGAGCCUGGGAAGAAGAAGCAGCACAUUUGUCACAUACCGGGUUGCGGGAAAGUUUAUGGGAAAACUUCUCACCUCAAAGCGCACCUGAGGUGGCACUCUGGAGAGCGGCCGUUUGUGUGCAACUGGCUGUUCUGUGGCAAGAGUUUCACCAGGUCGGAUGAGCUGCAGAGACACCUGAGGACUCACACGGGGGAGAAGCGCUUUGUUUGCCCGGACUGCUGCAAGAGGUUCAUGAGGAGUGACCACUUGGCAAAACAUGUCAAAACUCACCAGAACAAAAAAAGCAAGUGCCACGACAAGACACUUGACCAUGUCAAAAGGGAGGACACGAGGAAUAUGUUGUAACACACUUUAUAGUCAUUUUAAACAGUAGAAAUCACUAUAGUGCAAUACAGUCAGUCCUACAUUAGUUAAAGUACACAGUGAGCUGCAUUUCUACAUUGGGUAUUUUGUUUAUUUUGUUGGUGGAAUUCUUACAUCAUGACAAUAGUUUCUAACAUUGCUGGUCUGUGUAGCACAUUUUUGUAUGUAUAUAUAAAG